AUCACCACCCAGAAUCAAAGAACAAGAACAACAUGAUGGAACAACAACCUCUGCAAAUCCUCCCAGAUUGUUUCUACCCAACCACCCCAACAUUAAUCCCUCCCACCUCCGAAACCCCAUCCCACUCCCUCCCCCUCUCCAACCUCGACGAUCAGAACUUCCUCAGAUUCUCCAUCAAAUACCUCUACCUCUUCCGCACCUCCGUCGCCGUCGACCGCCUCAAAUGCGCCCUCGCCAGAGCCCUCGUCGACUACUACCCCCUCGCCGGCAGGCUCCGGCCCUGCCCGGACGACCAUCGGAAGCUCGAGGUCGACUGCAAUGGCGCCGGCGCCGUCUUCGCUGAAGCUUUCAUGGAUUUGAGCGCCGAUGAGUUCCUAAAGCUCUCCGCAAAGCCCAAUAGCUCCUGGCGAAAGCUGCUCUAUAAAGUUGAAGCUCCCACUUUCUUGCAUAUCCCUCCUCUUGUACUUCAGGUAACGAAGCUCCGUUGCGGGGGAAUGAUUGUGUGCACGGCGGUGAAUCACUGCCUGUGCGACGGGAUCGGAACGGCUCAAUUCUUGCACGCCUGGGCCCACUUCGCCAGAGAUGACGUGGAUUCACUCAUCACCCCUUUCCACUCGCGUCACGUGUUCAAGCCCCGGGAGAAUCGCAAACCGACGUCGUUCCACCCGGCGUUUUCCAGGUCCUGUAAUUCCCAUUCUGCCCUCGACAUCACCAGAUAUUUACAGUCCCAGCCACUGACCCCUUCAUCGCUCACGUUCUCGCCGCCGCAGAUCCUCCGGCUGAAGAGCCAGUGCGCGCCGCCGCUAAAGUGCACCAGCUUCGAGGCGCUGGCGGCGCACACGUGGCGGUGCUGGGCGAGAUCGCUCGAUCUGCCGCCGUCGCUGGCGGUGAAGCUGCUGUUUUCGGUUAACAUCAGGAAGCGCGUGGAGCCGGAGCUUCCGGCGGGGUACUACGGCAACGGAUUCGUCCUCGGAUGCGCGGAGGCGCCGGUGAAGGAUCUGGCCGGCGCGAACCUGCGCGACGCGGUGAGGCUGAUCCAGCGCGCGAAGCUCGCGAUGACCGACGAUUACGUCAGAUCCGCCGUGGAUCUCCUGGAGGAUAAAUCGGUGACGACGGAUCUGUCGUCGAGCUUGGUGAUUUCGCAGUGGUCGAAGCUAGGGUUAGAGGAUCUGGAUUUCGGAGAAGGGAAGCCGCUGUUCAUGGGGCCUCUGACCAGUGAUAUUUACUGCUUAUUUGUGCCCCUUGUCGGUGACCCCAACGCUGCUAGGGUUCUGGUCUCUCUGCCACAACAAAUUGUCGCCAAAUUCGAAUAUUACAUGACGGAGUUCCUGGACACCAAGCCAAUUGAAGGUACCAUUAAUGGGCAUCUUGAAGUGGAAAAUCUUGAAAUGGUUUUAGCUUGACUCAUUUUAACCUUUUUUUUCUUAUCACUCCACUUGUUAAUUAUAUGAACUUCAUCCCUCUUUCUCAUCAAUCUAAUGAGAAUCCCUAGUUUUUUUUUUU